GCUUCGUGCUGUUGGAUGUUUUUGAGAAGAGUAUAUACAGCUGUGUGGUAAAUAGGGGCUUCUUUACGUCUUUUUGUUAAUAUAAUUGAAAUAAUUAUAUUAGAUUUUGGACAUUUUAAUUCUUAGCUGGUGUUGAUAAGGAGUCGUUGAAUUAAAUCGAAUUAAAAUGUCAGAACAACAGCAGUUUUUCUUGAAAUGGAACGAUUUCCAGUCAAACAUGGUCUCUUCAUUCAAACACCUUAGGGAUGAGAAGAGCUUUACUGACGUGACACUGGCUUGUGAGGGUCAGACGUGUAAGGCCCACAAGAUGGUCCUGUCUGCCUGCAGUCCGUAUUUCAAGUCAUUACUGGAGGAGAACCCGUCAAAACAUCCCAUUAUAAUACUGAAGGACGUGCCAUUUAGCCACCUGCAGGCUAUUCUGGAGUUCAUGUAUGCGGGGGAAGUAAACGUGUCACAGGAACAACUCCCAGCAUUCCUCAAGACUGCUGAUAGACUCAAGGUGAAGGGGCUGGCCGAAGCGCCACAAAACAUCAAGCGGGAAGGCUAGAACUGUUUGCCGUCCCCACUCUCUGCAGCAUUCUUUUCAAUGUGACUGAUUUCUUACCGUUCUGACGGAAACAACAUGACCUUAGAUAAUCGUUGUUAAUAUUACUGUACAGUUUACUAUUAAGGUGGGAAGGUGUUGUUGUUUCCGGUAGCCCUGGAUUGAUUUAAUUUACUUAAGCUUUCAUCAUCGUUAACUUGCACUUGACUAGCCGCGUUGCGGUGACGAUUUUUAUUAGAAGUGGACCAUAUUCAAGUUGUAGCUGACUACACCUCUGAUUUUACAGUAUUUACUGAAAGGUAAAAGACAAUUGUUGUAUUAUUGUACAUUAGUGUUCGAUCUUUAAUUGUAAAUUUGUUUGGUUAUUUAAUGAUUUUAAAGAAAUUUAAAUGGAAGAACAGAGGUAUUGAGUGUUAUUUAAGGUAACAGCACAAUAAAGAAGCUGCCAAGAUAUUUUUUUAUUUUAAAUUACAAUCCAUCAGUCAUAUUUGGCUGUAGUUUUGCAUCAACAUUCCCAUACUUGAGUUUUUAAGUCAGCGUGUAAAUGCUGUUAUAGCAUAUAAAAAUUUAUACAGAAUAGUUUGUUCUAGGAUCGUAACAUAAAUUAUAAUUAACUGUGAUGAGCUUUUAUGUGCAAUCAUAAAUAACAUUUUAUUUCUUA